AAAAAGAAAAGAAAAAGAAAAAAGAUUGACGAACGAAUAUGGAUCGAAGUUUCAAGAACAACAUGGACUUCAAGAUGAAUCAGCAAAACUUUAAAUUGAGUGAUUUUGGCCUCGACGGUAAAUUAUCAUCCAGCGUACAUUCGAAAGUGAUUCGGAGUUCGGUAAGGACCGGUUGUUCGUGUUACUCUCAAAUCGAAUCCGUUCAAAUCCGAGGGACAUUUUCGAAUAACGGUGAUAGUCAUAGUAAUAGUCUUGCACAAAGUGGGACCAAUGAACUAAACCUCUCUAGACUAUCUUCAAACGUAGGAAGAAGAGAUAUCGAUACUCCAAUCGUUUGCAACGAUCAUUUUCGAACUUCUUCGUCUUCGUCUUCUUCUUCUUCUUCUUCUCCUUCUUCCGCUUCCUCCGCCACUUCUACCUCUUCUUCUUCAUCCUCGAGUCAAGCUCGAAAGAUUGGCCAAUCAGCGAGUAACCUAUUCGUUGAUAGCUUUCAAACUUCCAAUCCAAGCAACAACAAUACUGCUAUUCCUUUGUCAGGAACUACUAGUUCGAUACUACAAGGAAAUGUUUCUUCGAUCCCGUCGCCGAAUUAUUGGAAGCAAUAUGGCGGCCAGGAAAGUGGGUAUGGCUCGGACGAAUUCGCACAAGACUCUCCGAGAUAUACCUCGUCAAAAGCUGCGGCCAUCUAUAGUGAUACAUAUUAUAUCGAUGGAAAUGCAGCGGGUACGGGUUCUAGUGAUCCAUGGACGGGAGGUGGCGGUAGUGUUCAACAACCCCCGUAUAGCGGAUACGCUCCCCCUCACCUGGCUCAACCAGCCUACCCCAUGCACAUAUCCCAUGAUCCCAUGGCAUACUCAUCGAUGUCACCGAACGGUGAACCAGCAGCGCCGAUCCUUGGUUCGGCUGUGACCAGUGCGGCUUCACUUCCGCCGAUGUCGACAUUCCGGGGUAGCGCGGCUGUUGCGGUAGCAGCAGCAGCGAACAGUGGCACUGGAGCACCUUCUCCAGCAUCUUUGCAAUAUAGUCAUAGUCCUGGCGCACCAACCACUGCACCAUCGGCGCCAAACGCCGCACCCACCAACAAUCAACAACCACCUACGGGGGACACUCUUGGCAAAACUCUAGCCUCAGUAGUGAGCACAAGAAUCUUUCCCACGGACCAAUCAGUAUCGAGUUACAGUAGUAACCCAUCAACGCCGGUCAGUUCGCCACCACCUUUAACGGGAUCGACACCAAGUUGGGCACCUGGUGCUGCACCGGUAUCACCACAUUUUACUGCAGAUCCCAAUCGUGGCACUAUUCACAUGGGAACGCGGAUGGAGGAACGAUUGGACGAUGCCAUAAAUGUUCUCAGGAACCAUGCAGAAAGUCAAUUAGGUCUUCAUUUAGUUGGCGGUCCUCAUGGUUCUAUUUAUUCUCACACAUCACCACCGCAGUUGGAUCAUUUGACAAGUCCACAUCCUGCGGUAACGGUAGCGCAACCACCGGGUUCAUAUCCUGGUCUUACACCAACACCCGAUACGGACGGUUCUAUUAAAAUAGAAAGGUUACCUGUUACAAAUGCCACAGAAUACAUCUCUCUAGAAAAGAGAAAAGAUACACCGGACAGUAGUGGCGGUGAAACAAAACCUUCGAGUAGCGAAUUAGCAGCUGCUGGUGUAAUUGGUACGACGACAGUUAAUUCGACGUCACAAGGAAAAGGAACGAAAAGGUCGCGUAGGUAUUGUUCGAGCGCUGAAGAUGAGGAUGACGACCCUGAUGUGAAAGCGCAAAGGGAGAGAGAGAGGCGACAAGCAAAUAAUGCUAGGGAAAGGAUACGUAUUAGGGACAUCAAUGAAGCUUUAAAAGAACUUGGAAGAAUGUGUAUGACACAUUUAAAGACAGACAAACCUCAAACGAAGCUUGGUAUCCUUAAUAUGGCUGUUGAAGUUAUCAUGACACUUGAACAGCAAGUUAGAGAACGAAAUCUUAAUCCAAAAGCAGCAUGCCUGAAAAGAAGAGAAGAAGAAAAAGCAGAAGAUGGACCAAAGUUACCUGGUCAUUUAGCUGCCCACAUAGCACAUCCACAUCCUCACCCUCAUGCACAUUCUCAACCACCCUUUCCCGCGUUGCCUGGUCCACCACCUUCCCUUCAACACAAUCCAACGCAGCCGCAGUAGCAGCGGCUCUGCGGCGGUAUCAUCCUGUGUUAAGGGGUAGAUACACCUUAAAAUUGGCUAGUCUACAAAUAUGACUUGCAUGUACUUAUCAAAACUUUUUUCUAUCCUUAUGGGCUAAAUAAGUCAAAAUAUAAUUGUAUUGUUUCGAUUGAGACAUAAGCUUAUCGUCCAUAUUGUUCAGUAUUUUAAUAGUGACUUAUAAUUUAACAUCAAAUAAUUUUAAAAUUAAUGACACAUUAAUUUCUUUUUUACUUUUGAAAUACAUAUAUGUUAUAGAUGUUUAACACAUCACUCAAUAAGUCACAGGUCUAACAUAAACAGUGCGUGUAGAAAGUAUUCGUUCAUUGAUUAAAUUUCGUAAAUGAAAUAAAUAGGAAGAAAAGAUUGGAAAUAACAUUAAAAAAAUGGAAUACUGGAAUUAAAUUAUUUUUUAAGACGAAAGUAAAUUUAAUAUUCUUGGAUCCGAUGGACGCUGCACUGUAUGGAGGAAAAAAAUGAAAAGCCUAAAACCAGAAAACUUGCGACCCACAAUGGAACACUGUAGAGGUUCUGUACUUGUUUGGGGCUGCAUGAGUGCAACUGGUGUUGGCACAUUAAAAUUUAUUGACGGAAUAAUGAACCAUCGGACCUAUAUUGAUAUUUUAAAAUGCAAUCUUUCUUCUAAUGCAGAACAAAUGGAUAUAAGAGAUAAUUUUAUUUUUAUGCACGACAACGACCCAAAACACAUUGCUUACAAUACCAGAAUGUGGAUAUUGCAUAAUAUACCCGAGUAUCUAAAAACUUCUCCGCAAUUUUCAGAUAUAAAUUUAAUAGAACAUCUGUGGGAUUAUUUAAAACGCAAAAUUAGAAUACAUCAUAUUUCCUGUAAAAGAUCCUUAAAAAAUCGAUCAUGGAGAAAUGGAACAAGAUCUCACCUCAAUGAACAUCAAAAUUAUUUUAGUUAAUUCAAUGCCUAGAAGAGUUGCGGCAAUUAUAAAAUCAAAAGUAACAAACAUUCAAGAAAGCAAUCUAGUAAUGUGUUUACAUUGUAAUUUAAAUACGAAUAUAUAUAAAAGAACUGGACGAAUACUUAUUGCUCGUAUGUUUCUGCCAAUUUUUUUGUUUUUGUAUGAAUACUUUCUACACCCACUGUAUAUGGCAACAUUGUUGACAGACCCAUGUGAUUUUCGCGUAAUAUUAACUUUCAAACAGCAUGUGUCAAAAUUUCUUUUGUCGUUUGGACUGUGACAACAGUACAGCCAAUGCACAUGCAUACAAUGUUUAAACAUAAGAUAAUGGGAUGGGGAAUGUCAGAGAGACAAAAGAGCGAACACCAAGAAACGAUCAGUCCGAAAAAGCCACGAGAGUAUAAAAAUUCAUUGCAGCAAACGAAGUUUACUGUCAGUCCCUAAGGACUGACGCAGCACUCAACGUGUUAAACUGUUUUUUGAUGGGGGAAAAUACUGUUGAAGCCAAACAGUGGCUUGAUAAGUAUUAUGGGAACUCUGCACCAAAGAAAUCAACUAUUAUUGACUAGUAUGCUGAAUUUAAGCACCAAUGAUGCUGAACACUUUGGUCACCCAAAAUCGGCAGUUGUUCCGGAA